AUGCCUCAAUCGUCGCCAUCAGGCCCAAAGCCUGAAAAAAACAUGUCUUCUCGUCUACUUACUAUGAAGUUCAUGCAAAGAGCCGCUGCCAGCGCCGCCUCAAAAGAAUCUUCCCAACCUCCAUCCGCCAGUGAAUCCAAGGACUCGACUCCAAAAAAGCGCAGAGUCUCCGCCGGACCAGACAGCCCAGUCGCGCCCUCUUCAGACCUGGAAGCGAUUUCUGCAGCACUCGCAGAGGAGGAAGAGCGACGCAGGGAUGCAGUCUCUCGACAAGCUGCGGAGGCAGGAGAGACCGAAUGGGUUCUUGAUUUCGGAGGCGCUGAUGCAGUUACCCAAUAUGCACAGCAGCCUCUUGUAGUCGCAAACACUUCUUUAGAUGCGGACGAUGAUGAUAUGGACUAUGGGGGUCGCCAAAUUUACGGCAAUUACAAGAAAAAGAAUAAACCCAAGCCCUCGGGCGAGGGAGCCGAAGACGAGUCCAAUGCGAUAAAAGCCCCAGCGAAGAGCCAGAGGAAAGAAAGGGAAGUCAACUUGGAUGAAAUGAUCAGCAUUUCUGGGACAGGCGGCCGCUCGAAACCACCUCCAAGCAAUGCGAAUCAGAAGCCGCAGAAGAAGCGAAAACACAAAUAA